UUUCACAACAAAGCUUCCGUGGCUAAGAGAAGAGACGAGUCAUUCUGAGCUCUGCCAACCCACCAACCGGGUCCUUGUUCCCCAUUUCUUUUUGGUUCCGAUCGUCCAUCCCUUCCAUCAUGCGCGACGUAGAAGGCUAUUUCAACAGCCAGGCUGCGGCUUGUGCCGAUGAAACGGUGAGCGACUUGUGGCGCCAACUCCAGGAUUUCCAUGCCCGCCGAUUGUGGCACCAGCUCACGGGUGUGCUUCAGGAAUUGGUCAAGCACCUGAAAGGUGUUCACGCCCUCCUGCCCCUGUACACUCAGGCUAUUGCCGAAUUCGAAAACAAGUUGAACCCGUUGACUUUGGUGGAGAUUUGCCGUCCGAUUGCGGCCAGUUUGAGCGAGUCGGGCGAGGUGACCGAAGCCGACGAGUUUUUGGACAAGUUGGGUGUCAAAGUCAGACACAAUACGGAAUCCUUCGCACUUACCAAGAUUUUGCAAGGCCAGAUCUACGUUGAGCGACAAAAAAACAUGGACAAGACCAAGAUGGUGCUCAAUGAGGUCGAACAACUUUUGGACGAAAUAGUAGGGAUUGGGAUCGUGCAGAAGGAGUUCUACUUACUUCAAAGCGAAUAUUUUAAGAUUUUGGGCAAUCACGCCGAAUAUUACAAAGCUUCGUUGCGCUAUUUGGGCGUAUCUCAUCUGAAUGAGCGUUCGGAUGAAGAAAACAUCUCCUUGGCCUCUCAUCUGGCCCUGGCUGCCAUUCUGGGUAAGAAUGUGUUCAACUUCGGCGAGUUGCUGGCCCAUCCCAUCUUGAAGUAUUUGGCCCAAGCUCCGGAACAGUGGUUAAUCGAGCUAUUGCAGGCCUUCAACGCCGGUCACGUGGCCAAGUUCACGGCCCUCAAGCAACAUUGGGGCAAGCAGCCUGAUUUAUUAGCCAAUGAGCCUAUUCUGUACGAGAAGAUUUCGUUGCUGUCCUUGAUGGAGAUGACCUUCACCCGAUCAGCUACCCAUCGACAAAUAACGUUUCAAGAAAUUGCCGAUCAAACCAAUUUAUCGCACGAUAAGAUCGAACUUUUGGUCAUGAAAGCUUUGUCCCGAGGUCUGAUCAAGGGCCAGAUCGACCAAGUGGGCGAAACCAUUCAUAUCCAUUGGGUUCAGCCACGUGUGUUGGACUGCUCACAAUUGCAAACCUUACAAGGGAAGAUUGACAAAUGGUUAGAGGCCAUUGCCUCUGUGGAGGGUUUGAUCGAAACGAACGCUAAAGAGAUCCUAACCUAUUAACGAGUUCCAUGGUGUAUGUUCGUCAAUUGAGAACAUUUUUCUUAUCAAUAAAAUCCACCUCAAAUGUCA